ACUCUACUUAGAGGGCAGGCAACCCGCCGAUCUACGGCUGGUGAUAUUCCCGGUCAGGUUGAACGACAAACGAUCAGUUUCGCGGAUGUGGCCGCUUUUCAGUCGCCAGAGAGCCUCGGAGAGCCUUCGUCAUGACCUGCCGGAUCCCCCUACUCCGACCAUCUGGCCCGCAUCUCUGUUCCCCUGCGGCUCGAAUACAAAAUGCCGCCGAUUGGGUUAUCAAAGUAGUCCAUGUCAACGCCGCGACAACACGCCAUUCUUGCUUCUACCACGUCAACAUUAUCGUGUUGGCUCGGCUGCGCCUGCGAUCCAGCAGCGACGUAUGGAGAAAAACAUGGGAAUGUCGGGGGGUUUUUUUUAGGAGCUCACUCUAAUAUUUCCUCGAUGUCUUCUUCUGGCAAGAUCGCCCACCUAUUCUUCGUCGUCUCCCUCUCUCUAACGCUCGGACUAUGCGUCUUCGUAUCCGUAUGCUGUUUUCGGUUCUUUCGUAGUACCGACACCAAGAGGUUGCAGUCCCAGACGACGGGAAUACGCUCGAUAAAAAACGGCGUACUAUGGCAAUCGAUAUGCAUAGGAGGCCGAGUAUACCUUCGCUGCCCUCUCAGAAAGACAAAGCACUGCAACAGAACAGCCUCUCAUGGACGAGAUUCCAACGUCACUUGCUUGAAAUCAUCCAGAGGAUCUGUAUCAGGGAGCCAAAGGCAACGCGCAGAUACCAGACAAGAGGUCAGCAGCUCGAGUUAAGCGCGGUAUAAACAGUUGGAAACGGUAUCUUUGGUGCCAAGGCAAGCCUUGGAACUGGGGGCCGGAUUAUUAGGAUCUCUCAGAUGUAUGUCUGGCCCAUCGAUAAGUGUGUAACCAUUCGGACUACUCCUUCGUAUGUUCCAGGCACAGAGACACUACCGGAGUCCGGAGAUUCAGGUCUACCAUCAGGCGACAACUGCCUAUAUAACC